AUUUUCGCUUGCCGUUUUUCGCGCUGCGCCCCAACUAACUAAAUGCCUGGAAGAGGCUAACUAGUGAUAAACAUUAUGAAACCUAAUUAAUUAUUUUAUGUUGGCACAUUGUCUGGUUCUACUACCUGUUCGACCACGGGCUGUCCAGCUUGGGUUGACUUAUUGCUUAUUGGACCAAUUGAAUAGUUAUCUGAAUGGCAUUUUAGCAUUGCUGUGUAAGUACUUGAGCUAGUGAUUUCAAUAAAUUGAAGACUGUUUUCCUGAAUUUCUCAAUAAGAAAAAUGCAGUGAGAGGACUAGCUUGAAACCAACGGUAUCACAAUUUAGACCGAGAUUAGAUGUCUUAAUUUUUAAAACAAAACAGACCUUACUUCAUUAUCAGCAUGUUACAAAAUAUUUACAUGGCUAUUUAAUUGGCAGACAAGCCAGGUGCCGAUAGAGCCACCCUGCUUAAAUAAAGUUGACUUUACUUUACGAAAAUUAAAAUCCUGAGUUUAUUUAUUUCAGUUCCGAUAAUUGGAGGUGCCCCGUGCCCACCGAACAAUUAACACAUUCCUCGAAUUUUGCAAUUUGUCUGCUCUCUCCUGCACGGUCUUUCAUUUGCACUAUGUAUUGGUUCAAAUCUAUCACCUGUUAUCUAAUUUUUUGUCUUCUUUUCAGAAUGCCAACUAUUGCCAUUAUCACGUUAGCUGUUAGGAAUAUAUACCGGAGAUAAAUUAAUUAAUUUUUCACAGCUUUAAUGUUCCGCUACUUUAAUACAAAGCUCAUGAAAUUGGAAAAAGAAUCAGCUUUGCGCUGUAUAGUCUCGCCUCCACGACUUAAUUCCCACCUUUCACGACCUUAUGGUUCAACAUCUCCAAUCUCUUUACACAAAGUUGGUAAAGUACUUUAUCAACGCAAUUAAAAGUUCCGGUUUAAUUAACCACUGCGCUCUUUUCUAGGGAAAACUCAAGUAAAACGUUUAAAGAAUAUUUUGGCGUGGGCGAUUUGAUAUCAGUUUGAAACAUUGAAGUUGCAAACUGACUAGAGCCUUCAUUUUUUAUUGAUACAAAGCGAGCGUAAGUCAAACUGAUCGCUUCGUCAAAUUACAUUUCAGGUAGUUAAUUUUUUUUCCUGCUUUCCAGCCUUGCUGUCGCUAAUUAAUUUAUUCUUUCUACGAUUAAUUCUGUUGAAAAUUUGCAGAUUGCAACUUGUUGCUAUUUCCGAACAAUUUUACGUCUUUGUUUGUAGUCUUAUUGAAGCUGGCACCCAUAUUAAGUCUUGGUGCAUUUUGGCUUGCUUUGCAGUUAGUUUGCACAGUGAAAACAGUUCAUCGAGUGCGACUUUGAAACAGAACUCUUAAAAUUUCACCUGCUCUUUAUACACCACAGUCAUGUCUUGUGUAGCCAACUGCAGUGGAACUGAGACAAACGUUUCAAAUGAAACCAGCGCAGCGAACUCUGUAAAUCUUGAAUUAGAUCAGGAAUCAGUGGUGAUUCUCUCCGUUAUAUGUGCUCUGGCAAGUUUCUGUGGUAGUUUCGGAAAUGUGUUGGUAAUCCUAGCCGUCUUGAAAUCUCCAAGCCUUCGCGGUGUUUCCGACCUCAUCAUAUCAAGCUUGGCUUUUUCGGAUUUGACCGUGUGUUCCAUCUACCUUCCCUUGUCGAUCUACCGUUACAAUCACUUUACAAGUCAAGUGAUGCAACAGGGCUCGCGUUUAAGAAUAACAAGAAGUUUCUUCGGCCACUGUUCCUUGAUCGCCUCUGUCACCAACAUGUUUGCUGUGACGGUGGAUCGCGUAAUCGCCAUUAGAUUCCCUUUCAAAUACUUGGGGAUUAUGACCACCAACAGAGCCUACAUUAUCAUUGCGAUAGUAUGGCUCAUCUCUCUCACAGCUGGAGGGCUUUACGCCCAGGAAAUGUUUUCCAAAAUCAUUCUGCUAGGCUACUGCAUCGUUCCAAUGUUAAGUACAAUCUCCAUGUAUGCCUACAUCUUUGUUAUUGCCAAGAGACAAGAAAACAAAGUUCAAGCAAUGAAUACAUCCACUACACAACAGCUUAAAACCGAUAAAAAGGCAGCCAAGACCAUUUUCAUCGUUGUUGGAAUCUAUGCUCUUUGUUGGCUACCAUUCCUACUUCUUCCUGCCAUUGUUAGUCCUUCUAAAAAGCCGCUUUUGUUCAAGAAACUCCUCCCCUGGGUUCAGGUAGUCUUGGCAAGUAAUUCUGCACUGAAUCCGUAUGUUUACUGUAUGAGAAGUCAUAAAUAUCGCAGGCAGUUCGGAAAAGUUUUGCGGAUAAAUCUCUCGGAAGACCUUAAUAAUUCUAACUCGGCCUCAAAUGGCCAUCAAUAGAAAAACACAACCUGGAAUGCAGUACUGGAUAAGUUGACGUGAAAAACAAAAAAAAAAUAGUCCACUAGAAUUAGCUGUUACUGAUCGAUAAAAUGCUACCCCCGCCCCCCCUAAAUUUCAGAUAGAUGUUUUCCGCGGAAGGUCCUGUUUAAGGAUGAAGCAAACAAAACUUGAUACCCUAUGUAAGGCUCACACCCGAAAAAAGACACCUUAUUCAGGAAGAACUAAAACUAAGAAUGGCGUGAACGGGUCAACUUUAUUUCGUUUCUGUAACAUCAGAAGUUAAGCAUCAAGUAUAGAAUUUGGGUAUUAACGCACUGCUAUUUUAGGUACCCUAUCUAAGGAUCGCUCGGGGAGCACCAUGCCAAACAGGGGCAAAAAAAUGAUACCCGGGGGUUUAAUCCUACAGUUUUCUUGGAGGUUUGCUCUUGGAAACCUUUGUGUCUCGACCAAAUAAUAUCUACAGAUAAUAAGUAUCCGUCAGAAGCAUUUUCUUGCCAGAGGUAGCUUAUUGUUUAUAUAUCUGCUCUUACGUUCUUCAGUGUAGUAUGCCAUCUGUAAACAGUGUAACAAAAUAGACACUGAUGAAUAUAUCAG